CAGAGACUUCUUGAUCAAACAUGGCGAAUCAAUCAAAAGAAAUUACCCAGAACCUCUACGGCCGGUCAGCUCCACCCUCACACCAGACAGUCAAGCUCUUGACCGCAGCCAUAGUUGGUGCCACGCUGUUAUUCUUGUCCGGGUUAACUCUGACCGGGACGGUGAUUGCCCUGAUCAUGGCUACCCCUGUCCUGGUGCUCUCUAGUCCAAUUUUAGUCCCGGCUGGGAUAGUCAUGCUCCUCAUAGCAGCCGGCUUUGUUUUCUCCGGCGGUUGUGGCAUGGCAGCAAUGACGGUGAUGGCAUGGUUAUAUAACUAUGUAUCAAACUAUGCGGCUGCGAAGCAAAGGGCUACUGCGUACGGGCAGUUCGUGAUGCUUGAUAUAUAGAAAUGGUGAGUUGGUUUAUGGAGGAGUGUAAAUUGUCAAAUGCGGUUGGUGUUUUUGUUUGCUUGUGAAGCUAAUAUUUGUUCUGCUAUAAAUCCCCUAAAAUUCACCAUUCUCAAUCACAUUACAUUCAUUGAUUGAUGUGGAAGACAAACAAAAAUAGACAAGAAAAAUGGAAAACUUAGAGGAAAGAAUGUGCUAAUCCAUAUAUCUACAUCUGCUCAAGUGAUUUCAUUGCCUGAGUGCAUAACAAAUUUGAGAUAAUGUGCUCAUCUGUCAACAGUUGCAAGAUCC